UCCAGACCCAGCGCCUCUCCGCUCCAUCUGAGUGAUGAGAGACCGUUCAACUGCUCUCCUCUGAACACACCCUACCCUCAGACGGGACACACCUGGGGAGAGGUCAUAUCAAAGCGGGAAUUAAUUCGACAUGGCACAUUUUAGCAGUGAACAGUGAUAUUCCUGCGGGCUGCGUGGAAGAAAAUACUGGAAUGACUUGUGCGCGGAGGAAAACAGUGACGGACGACGUAAAUAUUUACAUGCCCUUGCUCACAGCAGUACUGCUCGCCAUCGACUAAACUCAUCGUGUGUGUAUGAGAGACUGCAGAGGAACUGCGAUGUUAAACACGCACUAAUAACGACUGAAAUAAAAAUACGGGAGGAAAACGAAUCAUCCUUCCGUAAGGUCGUGCUAGAAUUCUGUUGAACCGGACUGUGAGAGUUUCGUGAGGUUUGCGGGACUGAUCUUUAAUCUGCGGUCAUGCCGCAGGCUUCAUCAGACCUGUUCCCUACCUGAGGGAAUCGAGGAUUACUUGAGUUUUUGACAGAAGAGAUAAAUUAUGACCUAAUUGGGCUGAAAUACGAGUAGUUUGGAAUGAAACACGUUUUGCCGCCUUAUAAAAAUUCCUAAUAAUUUUGCGCGUGCAAAGGAGGAUUCUAAAGAGUAAACAAGCGUCGUUACAUGUGUCACAUGUGAAGGAUGUGAAAGUUGAACGUUAUGUGUGGUAAAGCACAGUUUUGGUGGGAAAUUGGAUGAGAAAUGUGCGCAGCGGAGUCAACUUUUUAAGUAAUUUUCUGAGCGUAAUCGGUUCGUUUCGCGCAACCCUAACGAUCUUUUUGCGCCCCUAGCGCGAUUAACCGUUAAGACGUUUUAAACAAAACAAAACUAUUUUUGUGACAUAUUUGUGAUGUGUAUAUCCAUGGUAAUGUGAGAAAUAACGACAGUACAGUGUUUUAUUGAUGCACACCGCCCGAUACAAACAUCGAUCGAGCAGCUGUUGCUAUGGUUACCUAUGCAGAGGCGUUUUCUGUUGGCGAUUGUAACUUUUGUGGUUACUGAAAUGUUGUUCGAACGCUGUUGAAACGUAUAAAUGCUUAUGUAAAAAUACAUUUUUAAGACCCCCAACUUUUCUUUAGGGUGAUUCAUGCCUUAAUUAGGGGGUUUGACAAACCUCCCCCAUAAUUUACACCCUGCGAAUGAGCACUUUGUGAAAAAGAUUUUACUGAAAUACCAUUGGAUGCAAGUUUUUAUAAUUUUAUUAUAUAAAUUCACAUUGAUCUUAAUGUAAGUAUAUUUUCUCUGCCAGGUGAGAGAUGACAGGUGUACGGUGAGCAGAACGAAUUUUAAAACACUGUUCUCCAAUAAACUUUAUAGGAACGCUAAGGCUUAUUUCUUAUUUUCAUUCAUUUCUUACUAAAUGUAAUCUCACAUACAGUUAAAAGACUUUUAAUAGUUAAAUGUGAAAUCAUUUUGAAAGUAUGCCCAGUCUGGAGGACCUUUUCCAGGGUGAAAAUCUGUAACCAAACAUGGGAGCGAAGCAAACAAAGGCUGCAGGACAGGAGGCAGGAUCGAGCCCUCAGAGCACGGGAUGGAAACGGACCCCCACGAAAGAGCGAGGAGACAUCCUUACUUCUAUAAUGUUGAGGUCAGGAGACAGACUGAGGAGCUGCGGGACUCCUCCUCCCUACCAGCGGCGCAUCGGCAUGAUACAAGAGAUGAUGCUGAUGGCAAAGCAGGGGAAACACGAUGAGGCGACAGAGAUGCUGAAGACUCUCCGGCAGGAUCUGGGAAUGGAGUCAACCUCUCUGGACGAUGUUCUCUACCGCUAUGCCAGUUUCCGCAACCUAGUGGAUCCCAUUACCCAUGAUCUCAUUAUCAGCCUGGCCAAAUAUAUUCACUGCCCAAAGACGGAGGGAGAUGCUUUGGGUGCCAUGGAGAAGGUGUGCCGUCAGCUGACCUACCACCUGAGCCCGCACUCCCAGUGGAGACGGCAGGGGCUGCUGAAGAGGAAGCCACAGGCCUGUCUGAAAUCAGUUCUUUCAAGCCCUCCAUCCAGUGGGACAUUAGAACUGUCUGGCAUCCCUCUUGGAGUGAAAGACAUGGAGCGUCUCUGUGCCUACCUGCAUCACCACGCAUCCCGCAUCGGCAGCGUAGAGAUGGGCUUCACCGAGCUCACAGACGAUGCCUUCCUUCUGCUCCUCCCUAUGCUGGCGUCUCUUCCCCGCCUUGAGACUCUGGCCCUCAAUGGCAACAGGAUGACCCGUGCUGUGCUCAAAGAGCUCACGGACACACUGAAGGACCCGGACAGCUUCCCCAGCGUCACCUGGAUCGACCUGGGGAACAACGUUGACAUCUUCUCCCUCCCACAACCAUUUCUGGUGAGUCUGCGCAAGCGCUGCCCCAAACAGGGCAACCUUCCCACCAUCCUGGAGUUCGGCGAGAGCCAGGCCAGCGAGCCAGAGGGCAGAGUGGAUGAAGACGAUGCAGAUGAUACAAACAGGACAGAGAGUAUGGGAGAACUCAGAUCUGAGGUAGAAGAAGAGAUUGACGGUGAGAUGGAGAUCGAGGACAUGAUGGAGGAGUUGCUGGACUUUGACAGGGAGGUGCAAGGCAAGGAGGAUGAGGACGAUAGUAUGUGGACCUUGGAGGAGCAGCGGCUGGUAAAAGAUCCAGUUGCAAAGCGGAGCAAAGAGAAGAGGGUGUUCAAAGCAGAGGGCGAAGAGGACUUACAAAGCCAGUCUUCCCAUCUGUCCUGCUCCAGCCAGUCACAGCACUCUUCUGGAGCCAUCGAGCCUUUAAGAGAAGACUCUGUGCCAGACCAGUUAGCAUGUCCUUCGAACAACCCUACCUGAUUGAAGCCACUGUGUAAUUUGAUUAGAGUCUGGUCCCUUUAAGAAAAAGAGAAAGCGUGACAGGCUUGUUUUCAGACUGGGUUAUCCAUGAAGUCAAGGGUUUUAUAGGGUUGACAA